AUGCUAGAGCAUAUGACCCGUGAAGAGUCGGAAUUGGUUGGCGACUAUGAAGUUAGCUACCUGGGCUAUAUAUACGAUCCCAAAGGCAAGGCAGCUCGACAGGCGCAGGAUUACUCAAUCCUUGCCCAUGAUCCCAUAUACAAGGGCGCUGUAGUACUGGGUCGUCUAUUCAACCACAGUCAAAAGCAUGCCAACCUCAAACCUCUGCAACCCACUCGCUCGUUUCUCGACCGACCAGGGGAACAGAGCGAGCACAUAGUCCUGUUCAAGGCCACACGAAACAUAGAAGUAAGCACUGUUCUCCUUUACCCACACUAUAACACCCUUGAGUCAUCAGAGAAGCUUGCCGUGGACGUCGAUGUGCCACCGAGAAUGGGCGCCAUGCCACCUGACGACGACUCUUAUUCGCAGCAAAUGGCCAUUUCACCAGAAGAGGAGUUGUUCGACGUACGGCGCAUCGUCACUGCACACAACGUCUUGUGUUCAUUGAAUGUGAAGACCCGUGUGCCGGGGCUCAUCGGUUCGAGUCGCCUUGCGGAUGUGGGCGACGCAUAUCGUCACAGUCGAUUGAUGUUCUUGGGCGAAGAGGACGGCUACCCACUUUCGGAAGAUGACGGCAACAUUCCACUGAACGCAAAUGCGCUACUCCAGUUGCUAUGUGUUGCGCAUAGAGAUGCGUAUGGAAAGGGAAACCCUGUGGUAUUGCUACUGAAGCACGAAGAAGGAGGAGCGAGAAUGCGUAGGAGAUCAGUGGGCGCUGUCCUGGUAGUGGUAUUGUUGGGCAACCUAAUCGAAGCGGUUGAGAAGAAGCGCUAUGGAAAUUGUAUAGUCUAUGACGACGUGACGAAAGACUAUGAGGUUGUG